AUGGGGAUGGGACGGGCAUCGGGCGGUCCCUGCGGUCGCCGCAAAUUGGACACCGCGCCUCGCCACGGCUCGGCCUGCGUCCGUUCCCACCCCCGUAGUGAUACCAUGGAGAAAAAUUCAAGUACUUCCCACCGCAAGAAGCAUGACAGUAGUAUGAAGGAGGGAUCUGAAGUGUCUCAAUCUUCAACCAGGACUCGACAAAAGCGUGGAUCUACUUCACAAACAUCAGUUUCUUCUUCUGUUACUUGUUCAGAAGAAUCUAUGUGCAAUGGUUUAUCUACCUCAGCUAAUCAAACUCAAAAGUCUCGCUCAGCGUCAGUAUUGUCUUCCAGUGAGCCAUUGGCUAGUGGAGGCCACCGUCGGUCUGCACGAUUGAGCCAAAUGGAAUCUCAACAAACCUCAGAAGAUAAAAAGAAGAAGAAAAGUGAUGAACAGAAGACCCCUGGAAAAGAUAAAAGGAAAGGUAGGAUAGAACAAAUAAUGGAAGAACAAGAAAGUGAAAAACCAGCCUCAAGUAAAAGAACUUCUGGAAAAUCAAAAAAGAGUGUGUCAGGAACAUUGAAGAAGAGUGACAGAGUUAGUGAAGAAGAAGUAGAAGAACCAGUAGAAAAAAAAGCAAAGAAAAGUGCUAGGCGUUCGAAAGAAUUGACCAUGCAAGAUGAUAGCAGUCUAGAAGAUAAACCUGUGAAUAAUGCAGAUGAAAUACUUAAGAAUAGUGUUGUGGCCAAUACUAAACCAAGUAAAAAACGGGCAUCAAAAAAGCAAACCUUGUGUGAACCUUCACCAUCUGUCAAUGAGCUUAACAUUGAGACCAACAUUGAUACUCUUACUUCAUCUAAGCAUGAACAUGAGAAACAAGAGCAACCUCCUAAAUCAUCUAAGCGGAAAAAGUCAAUGUCUUCCACAACUGGAAAUAAUGUGAGUGAAGAUUCCUUCAAGCAAGAUGAAGGAGAAGAUGCAACAAAUUCAAAGAUACCUAAAGGAGAAGAAAGAAUUCAAGAGGAAGAUGAUACUAUGAUUUAUAAAAACGAACAUAAUAAAAAGUUUUCGGACAAUGCAUUAGUGACAGCAGGAAGUGAGCCCAUUGCUUCCAAUGCAGGAAAUGAAUCCCAUGGAUCAGCAGUUGCUCCAUGUGCUGAAGCUCAGGAUUCUAAUAUGAAAUCAGAGUCAUCUGAAACUCAGCAACAUUCAGUACGAGGGGAGAAACUGAUUAAAGAAUCAUUUCCUCCCAAAAUAAACACUGUGUCUCCCAGCAAAGCAGAUUUGGUUCAGGAGUACAAUCGUUCUAUUAGUGAAAAAAUUUCAUUACUUAAACCUAAAGCAUUUGUUGGUCGUUCAAGUGCUAGUUUUCGAAAAACCGCUGAUGAUCGCUGUGAUGGAAGUGGUCAAGAAGUUGAUUCAGAUGCUGAGAGUCGAAGGGCCAUAAUGGAAUCUGCUCAGAGGCGUAUUGAGCAAAAUUUAAGUACGUCUGAGUCUGAUUCACGCCUCAUUCGAGGUAUGCACACUCCUAUGGCUCACAGUUCUAAAAAUGACUCGUCCGAAUCAGACAGUGCUCCUGAAGCAGUGAGCUUUUCUAAUGCCCGUCAGGAUGCGAUGGACACUAUUAAAAGUGCAGCAGAGCAUGUGAAGCGUGAAAAGCAACGGCUGAAGGAACGAAGGAAGGCACGGCUGGAGAUGCUCAAGCAACAGAAGGAAGAAAAGCUCAUUCGUCUCAAAGAAAAAAUGGCAAGUCAAGAAGAUGCUUCUUGCAGUAGUUCUGAAGAGUCUGGGUACGAGGAGGAAAUCAGGAAUGCUCGCCAAAAGCUCAAGAAGAAGAAAGCAAAAAGCAAGGCACAGCGUACUGAAAAAGAGAACCUAGAUGAUGCUUUGGGGCAAGCAACAUCCAAACCACUCAGUGGAGCUGCAUCUGAUAGUACUGAAGAAGACGGUAUCACUACAAAAGAGGCAGCAUCUUUGAGCAGUUUGAAACGAGUGCAAGUGGACAUGUUCCAAUCUGCUAAAGAAGCUGCAAAAACACAGAAAGUUGGUAGCAGCAGUGGCAAUAAAGUUCUGCAAGAAGAUAAAUUGAAAAAGAAAAAGAGCAAAAGUGGAAGAAUAGAUGAACCAGACAAAAAAGACAGAGGUUUCAAAAACCUCACCAGCCUAGAUUACAUCCCAUUAAGUACAGAAGGGGCUACAAAAUUCAUGGUAGUGCCAUUGGAUAAAGCAAUGCGAGCACCUAAGUCAUUAGCAGAGGAAGCUGCAGAUUUCAGACAAAAUAUGUUGUAUGGGUCUCGAAUCAAAAGGGAACCUGGCAAAGUUGUAUCAGCAUACCAACAAAAAUUGAUAGCUUCAGGCAAAAAUUUCCAUGUGAGGUAAUCUGCUCAUUGUUGUUGUUAUCAGUAUAACCUUUCGUCAAUUAUAUUGGUGUGUACUGUAAUGCUCUUGUUAAAAUUUGUAUGUACAGCUGAUUUUGAGGUACUUCAAUGUUAUUUGUUCCUUCGUGUCAGACUUUUAUUCGAGAUGGAAUGCCCAAGUACUUCCUAUUGAUUCAAUAUACUGAUGUUUUUGUUAAAAUUAGUUAUUAUUAAAUAUAGCACAAUGUGUAGGAAAAAAUUUUAUAAUUUUGUUGCAAUUAGUUUUAAAGAGCCUGAUAUGACCAUUAUGACUUGUUGUGAUUGUUUUGCUUUAUUCUUCAUCUAUUUAUUAACUCUUCUAUGUAUCUGUACUUGAAAUAUGGUAGUACUGCUUCGUGAAGUCUAACAACUCUUUGCUGUUAUCUUGGGAUGUGGGUGGGAAGAUUUAAGCUAUGUAGAACACUGUGUGUUAGAUGCAGUGUAGAGCCUGCACAUCUUGCAAUUGCCUGUCCCAAAUGCUGCACAAUCCUUGCAGCUUGUACUGUUUUUAUGUACACAUAGAACAUUCACAGAAAUGCUAAAUAUAAUAUGAUUAUUGCAGAGUCAUGCAAUUCUAUGAUGUCACUUUUUGUUCUCUGUCAUAAAUGCCCAGAGAUAUUAAUCUCUGCCUGUACUGAUCAGUAAGACUGUAUAUACUUACAAAUAAAACAAGACAUUUGGUUUAAACUGUA